AUGAGCCACUACAGCCGCUCGUCCCUGAGCCACCGCUCGUCCGUCAGCAGCAGCGUGGCGGGGGCGCCCACGGCGCUGCGCAACGACGCCAUCCUGUACCUGACGAUCCUGUCGGCGCGCGACCUGAAGAACGUGCAGCUGGUGGGCGAGCAGGACCCGUACUGCAGCGUGUACCUGACCACGGGCGGGAAGGAGCAGGAGAAGGCGCCGUUCAAGACCGACACGCACGACAAUGGAGGCACGCAGCCCAUGUGGAACGCCAAGGGCCAUAUUCUGAUCCCCGACAUCUCGUCGGACGUCGUGCGCUUCCGCGUGAAGAACAACAACUGGGGAAAGAAUACUGUCAUCGGAGAGAUCGCGCUGGCGAUGCGCGACUUAUCCCGCGGACGAUCCAUGGAGAAGGAGUUUGCGCUGACCCCCAAGGGAUUUUUGAAGGUGCUGAUGUAUCUUUCGCUUGGCCACGAGAACCCGACGUCGCAGCCUCGAGCAAAGUUUGGCGAGUACCCGCAGCACUUCAUCCCGGGAAAGACCAAGAUUUACCUGGGUCUCAUCUCCGGCAGCAAGCUGCGUGACAUUCAGUCGUUCGGCACGCAGGACCCGUACUGCGAGGUGUACCUCGGACGAAGUCGCACACCGUCGGCGAAGGACCUGGUGUAUAGGACGAAAACCCAUGAUAACGGAGGCAAGAACCCACGUUGGAUCGAGGGCAUCACUGCCAGCGUGCGAUGCAUAGAGCACGACUUCCUCGUGAUUCGGGUGAUGAACGACAACACCGUGAAGGAUACGCUUAUCGGAGAGCUGUGCCUGAAGGUAGAGAUGCUGAUUGGCCGCAACUUCGAGGACAAGAGCUACCCCAUCGAGGCGGACGACACGAUCGUCGGGCAGGUGCGGCUUCAACUCGCGCUGUUCAACGACGAGAUCAUGGACGAGGACGAGAUCCGCGACUGCGACGUGGACGGCUGCUCGUGCGCUUCCACGCAUCCCGUGCGCGCCACGAAGGUCGGCGACGUGCUGAUCGACGGCGUAUCGCCCGAGGGCGUGCAGUACCUCGAGGCCGGCACCGCCGUGCACACUGGCUGCGAGCUGGCCGGCAACUACGUCGUGGACAAGGACGUGUACGAAGGCGGCGGCUGGCAGAGCGACGAGCUGGACACCCGUCGAUUGGAGCAGCUCGACAGCGACGAGUGGGAAGGCGACGAAUUGUAG